AUGCCGGGCAUCAACUCACCUCUGGCACUUCUCGCACUACUUGGAGUCCAGCAAGCAUUGGCCGUGGACGGUUCAUGGCAUGCUCCCAAUGCUACCGAUAUCAACAACCUUGACAAGGUCUUGGAUAGCGACGGUGUUUAUGGCUUCAUCUUCGACUCCUCUCAAACACCGGACAAGGAAUAUGGCAAAUACAAUUGGUGUAAUAUGCCACACACCCGCCCCAGAGAAUACCCAAAAGCCCCAAAGGAAUACAAGUUGCAAUACGUAGAAGUUUCCAACACCUUCCCUCAAGAAUCUUACCCUUGGGACUGUGAUGACGAAGGCUUGUUUUACUACGGUGAACCAAAGAAUGGCCGAAACAGUGCCAAAUCCUAUUGGAAGGGUUAUCAGAAUCCAAUAAAUCCCUUCCAGCCUUCGGGAUUUAAAGGAUCAUGCAGCUUUCCCCAAAUUUCAAAGGAAGGACUCGAUGAUUCGUGGCAGCAUGGGCGUGAUUUAUUUGCCGUUUACCAUAAGCUCCUGCGUUUUCUCCCACCUCAAUUGGACCAAAGCAAAGUCUCGUUUCGUGUGACCAACAACAUGAUCACUAGCCAAGUUGCAGGAAUGCUUAUCAAUGGAAUGUACGGCAUCAGAGGAGAUGUACCUCUCAGCAUUGAGUCCCCACAAACGGACUCACUUGAACCUAAAUAUUCCUGUCCAAAAUCGAGUGCUCUCUUUUCAGGUGCGAAGGAUGCCCCCAACACACCGUGGGCUGACCAUCUAGCCCGUACAAAGGAGUUUGUGGCAGAAUUAGACGCUAUUUCUGGCGUCUCUCCAUCCGACUCCGGAUGGCACUCCAGUUUCGACCACUAUUUUGAUAAUUUGUCAGCUCGUCUCUGUCACGCCAAGCCGUUGCCAUGCAAUAUCAAUGACACCUCGAAAUGUAUUACUCGGACUCAGGCUGAUAAGGUCUUUCGACUGGGCCAGUUCGAGUAUUCUUACAUGUAUCGCGACUCCAAAAGCUCUCUCCCUGCUAGCACAUCUAGCUUAGGUGUCUGGAUCGCAGAAUUUGCCCAGCAUCUUCGUGAUCAGGUAGCUGGAAAGGAUGGGAAGAUGCUCUAUAGACACAACGUCGCCCAUGAUGGAAGUGUUUCAAGGCUUCUAUCAAUUCUCCAGCUGGAUGUUAUGGUUUGGCCCGGCAUGGGCUCCGAGAUUGUCUUCGAACUCUACUCCAAGAAAAAGGAUACGUGGGGCCGUGAGAAAGAGUACUUUGUACGUGUUUUGUUCAGUGGCCAGGUCAUGCGCAGCUCCCACCCGGAUCUUGGCCUAUUGGAUAUGGUCCCUGUCCCAAUUCUUUUGUCAUAUUUUGAUGGCCUCGUUGGUGAAAAGGCAAGGUUGGUACCUGGACUUUGUGGGAAUUAG